CAGACCGUUCGAAGUACUACUGCGUAAGGUACACAAUACUGCGUAAGGUAGACGUCCUUGACCUUGCGGCUUUGCUUUGGUUGGGUCCCGUCCCGUCGUCACCUCCUUCUCUCACUCGCUCCUUCCCUACCUUGCCUUGGCUCCGUUAUCCUUCGCCUUACUCUUUCCAUUUACCUUGCUGGCGUCCCUCGCCGUCACCUUGUCACCUUGUCCCUUGCCUUGCUCUCUUCCUUCACAUUCUUACUACUACCACCACCACUACCACCUGCACCGAAAAAGAGAGAGAGAAGAAGAAAAAAAACCACCACACCGGCACCCGACCCAAUCCACGUCUUUUCUUCCCUUUCGUCGUCGCCCCCCCAUUUCGACCUCGACCCCGUUCUCCGUCUCCACUACCCACCUCAUCUUUCCGCCCUGCAGCAACGGCAACCACCACCGCCACUGCUCCUAGUCUCCUCCAUACCUUGCUGCUACUCCGUACCAAUACUACUACUACUACCACUACCACUGCCACUACCACCACACUUUACCUACCACCCGCUUCGACUCCUCUUGCCCGCUGCCACUCUAACCCCCAACUACCUGCGCCUGGAAAUCACACCCGACUCCGACCCCGACCUCGACAAGACAAUACACUCGACACGACACGACGCGCCGCGCGAUAAGGGAGAGACUGAGAGACCGGUCUUAAUUUUUCUUUCCACAGGUCUCUGUUCCUGCACAGGAACAUCAUUGAUCUAGACAAUGGUCGUCGCUACUAUCAAGUGUGUUGUCGUCGGUGACGGUGCGGUCGGAAAGACAUGCCUUCUCAUCAGCUACACGACGAACAAGUUCCCCUCCGAAUACGUUCCGACCGUCUUCGAUAACUAUGCCGUCACUGUUAUGAUCGGUGACGAGCCUUACACACUGGGACUGUUCGAUACCGCCGGUCAGGAAGAUUACGACAGACUCCGCCCCCUUUCCUAUCCCCAGACCGACGUCUUUCUCGUCUGCUUCAGCGUCACAUCACCUGCCUCCUUCGAGAACGUCCGCGAGAAGUGGUUCCCCGAGGUACAUCACCACUGCCCCGGCGUCCCUUGCCUUAUCGUCGGCACCCAGGUCGAUCUGCGCGAGGACCCCAGCGUCCGCGAGAAGCUUUCUAAGCAGAAGAUGUCUCCGGUACGGAAAGAGGACGGCGAGCGGAUGGCAAAGGAUUUGGGUGCGGUCAAGUACGUCGAGUGUAGUGCUCUGACGCAGUACAAGCUGAAGGACGUCUUUGACGAGGCAAUUGUUGCGGCUCUGGAGCCUCCUGCCCCGAAGAAGAAGUCACACAAGUGUCUUGUGCUUUGAUCGUGGGACCCCUUGACGCAUGGGUCUUGCUUUCCUCCCGCCAUGCCCACCCAGUUCUGGCUCUGGCGGCGAGCGGAAAAGCCGAGAACCAGGCUUGGAUAUUUUCUCUUGCCAUCCAGAUGCGCGCGCAAACGGUUCUGGGUUCCCAUCUUUGAACGGCAUUUUGGAACUUUUGUUUUUGCAGCGCGCAUGGCAUUGGACACGCUUAGGUCUUGAUCAGCCACAGCUUUGGACCGAUCAGGAACGGUCGUUCCUCGCGAAUUAAUGGAUUGGACUUCCUGGUUCAGCGACAACGAGGGUUUGGAUUGGAUCAUCUGGCCGCAGCGGUCCGGGCUUCUAGGCAUAUCUUGGUUGGGGACUGCGAGGAGGACGAAUGGGCAAGUCGACGGGCUGCGUUUCCCCCCUUCCAUAUUCUGUUCACCAGUUCCCAAGGUUCUCCCUCAUACCAUUGCCCUCUUACCAAAUCCAGCCCCUCAUCCCUCUCGCAUCCCCCAAUAUGCCUUGCUGUGGCCCGGAUCUUGGUGGUCUUUCUUGCUUCUUUCUACAUUUAGGGAUGGGUAAAUUCAUCACGCAGGCAGGAAUACUUCGAUAGGACAGUUUGGCGAUUGGAGUGCACUUUAAAUCGAUGGUUCUUUUUUUUUCUUCGCGCUGAACCCCCAAAGUGUCUGUACGCGCGCAAUCUUUCAUCUAGGUACAGCCACAACCCGCGCGGAGCGAGCACCGAUCAGCUGGAGGGCAUGGCCGCGUGGGGAUCAUCACCCACUGACUAUUGAUGUUUAACAUGCGUGGGCGGAACAGAGCCUCCAACAUCGGAUCGACGAGGCGAGUCAUUCCCGCUUGCUGCCCGCCUCGGUACACGCCAUCCGUUCACUCGCAUCUUUUCUCUUUCUGCACGUUUUGGGGGCACGGAAAGAAGAGGUACGGCAAGCAAGGCACGCACGUUGGAGGCGCGCAAGUAAUGGACGGUGGGCAGUAGCUUUUUAAUUCCAAAAGCAUGCUCAACUAUGGUGCUGGCGAGCUACCCGACAUUCGUUCCGUCUGCCCAGAACUCUCAAAUGGGGUGCCUGACGUUGCCAAUCUUAUCGUUGGAAUGUUCUUUAUUGUCCAGCUGCGCCCUCUUUAAACUCUAC